AUGGACAUAUCCAGCAGAGCCGAGAGGAUGAACCUUAGCUGUCUGUGCAAUCUGCUCUUUCGGGCUCUUGCCAACAUAUUUGCUUCCUCAACCUGUUCACUGAUGAAGACAUUACUCCAGCUAGAUGAGUUUCUACAUCCAUCACCCGUGGUGGCACCUACUGCAGGCAGUGAACUGCCGUGGCUGCCACAGGAUAUCCUGAUGGAUAUCUUUGCCCUCCUUGAGACCCCUGGCCUUGUACGUGCAGGAUCAGUCUGUGCCUCGUGGCGCGCCGCCUACACAAGCCUGUGCGCUACUGAACAUUGCAAGCUGCAGCGGACACCGUGCCUCCUGUACACUUCUGAAUCCAUGGGUGAGAGGGCUAUGGGUCUAUACAGCCUCGCUGAGAAGAAGGCAUACACAUUGACUCUCCCGGACCCACCUAUCCGAACUAGGGAGGUCAUUGGUUCGUCCUAUGGCUGGAUAAUCACCGCAGACGAGAGAUCUGAGCUGCAGCUUGUCAACCCCAUCACCGGUGAUCAGAUCGCACUGCCAUCGGUCACAACCAUCGAGCAGGUGGAGCCGAUAUUUGAUGAUGCUGGCACCCUUUGUAACUAUGAGUACUUGUGGUACACUGGAGAGGAGUGGCUCUAUGAUAAGCCAUCAAUCCUUGAUCUCAGUGAGCUCCGUGAUAUGCUGUUCGACAAGGCCUUUCUAUCUUCAGAUCCAUCCACCGGGGACUACUUCGUGGUGCUGAUCCACGACCCAGAAUGUCAGCUUUCGUUUGCAAGGGCAGGAGACAAUGAGUGGACGUGGUUGCCGCCACACACUUGCUAUGAAGACUGCCAAUUUCAGGGUGGACUGUUAUAUGCCACCACUGCAUUAGGAGAAAUCCAUGCGUUCGAUCUUUGUGCCCCAGCAGUUACAAUGAAGAUAGUUCUGGAACGGGUGAAGUGGUCUGCAUCAGACAGGGUUUACAUUGUUCAAGCUCCAUCUGGUGAACUGCUGCAAAUUACUAGAUCUAACGGUAAAGACUAUGACUCUAUUUUAGAACUGUCUACGCCGCCGCCCAACAAGACCAACAGGAUCAAAGUACAUAAAGUGGACCUUACAUCGGAAAAGCUUGUAGUGGAAGUAGGUACCUUGGGUGAGAACGUGCUGUUUAUUGGGCGUAACCAAUCACUUUGCCUUUGUGCCAAAGAAUAUCCACAACUGAAGCCAAAUCAUGCCUACUUUACUGAUGAUUACUUUCUUGAUGUCACGUGUCACAAGAACGAUAGGCGUGAUAUUGGAGAAUUUUUUUUUUUUGAACGAACAUAUUGGAGAAUUUGA